CUCGAUCAAUGACCAACGACAAGGCCGGGUUAUAACCUUCAGAAUGGCAAUAUCGCUGGAUCGAAAGACGGUCGCGAUAUAUGCCGGUGCAGCUGCCAUCCGACUUUUGGUGUUCCUCUCGUUUCCAAGCCUGGCAGACUUCCUCACCUCCCAAGUCGAAAUCUCGACGCCAAUAUCCAGCUUCAAGCGUCUCCAAGAGGGUCUCUUCCUCUAUCAGCAUGGACUGUCUCCAUAUGACGGCGGAGUCUUCCACCAGGCACCUUUACUGCUGGUCAUCUUUGACAUUCUUCCAGCAUCCUUGGUUUUUGUGGCCCUCGACAUAUUGAACGCCUGGUCCUUGCAUUCCAUUGCCAAUGACCUCCAAUUAUCUACUCCAAGGUUCCGGAAACUGGAUGGAACUUUGAUAGCGGCAGCAUACCUGUUCAAUCCGUUCACGAUUUUGUCAUGUCUCGGACGAAGUACAAAUAUCUUCACCAACACCGCCAUCAUUCAGGCCGUGCUGAAUGCUCAAUCAGGAUACGCUGUGAGAGCCAUGUUUGCACUCGCGAUUGGCAGUUACUUGUCAAUGUACCCGGCGCUUCUCUUGCCGCCUGUUAUUCUUCUACUUUGCAAGAGCAAGACUGUCGCUACGGCAGGCUCCAUGGUCGCCUCUUGCAUCGCCACCUACCUCGCAGUUUUGACAACCUCGGUGGGCGCGACCCCCCUCCUCACAAGCGGGUUUUGGGAAUUCCUUUCAUCUUGCUACGGAGCACAGAUCACUAUCACAGACCUGACGCCAAAUAUUGGUUUAUGGUGGUAUUUCUUCAUUGAGAUCUUCGAUUCUUUUCGAGACUUCUUUAUUGGAGUGUUCUGGCUGCACCUGGUCGGCUACGUGGGGGCCUUGACUUUUCGCCUGCAAACUCAACCAAUUUUUGUUGUUAUCACUCUGCUAGGCUUAUUUGCCAUCUUCAAGCCGUACCCUAGCAUUGCAGAUGUGUCUCUGUAUAUGGGGUUCCUGCCGCUGUAUCAACAUAUUCUUCCAUUGACUCGAUAUACCUUCAUUGCCGCUUCCAUCUUACUGUACUCGACCCUCCUUGGGCCUGCAUUUUAUUACUUAUGGAUCUAUGCUGGUUCUGGCAACGCGAAUUUCUUCUAUGCCAUUACACUGGUUUGGAGUCUGGGCUUGACGAUUCUCGUGGGCGACACAUUGUUUGCCGUGUUGCGUGACGAACUUGAAAUGGAAAGGCCAGAAUUGAGGGGCAAGACUGUGCGUCAAAUAUAAGAAGCGCAGAUGCAAAGACUGAACUCAAUCCUUGAGCCUUUUGGACAUGAUG